AUGGCGCCCUCUUUUAUGACCAUUGACACAAAUGAUAUGGACCUGGCACCUUCAAAGCCAGUGUCAAAUAUGAAGCGCACUCUCCUCCUCGCACCCCCCUCCAUCGCCACCCAAGAGGAUCAACUCCGAGGCCUCUUCACCACCUUUGACCGCUCCACCACUGACCUACAAAUGCUUGACCGUCUCUCCGCUGGCUUCGUCUCUCUUCCCGCAUCCACCUACGACCUCGUUCUCAUCCUCACCGACACCGAUGGCACGCGACGUACCGAGGCCCUGAAACUUCUUACCCGCGAUGUAUACACUACCCUGGUCCCCGCCAUGAAGCCCGGUGCCAAGCUUCAAACCCAAGAUUCUGCCCUCAAUGCCUCAGAUGCAAUGGAAGCCGUUCUGGCCGGCUUAGUUCAAUCAGACAACGGUUUCGAGAAGCCUAAUUUCGAGCCCUCGGUGGCAGUCCCAUUAAAGUUCGGCUUGAAAAAGAAGAAUAAGACUCAACCCGUGGCUCCGGCACCCGCACCAACACCCGCCCCCAUAGGAAUCUCAACUCUUCCCGCUGGAUUUGGAUUCGACGGACCGGGCAUGGACCACGACCGCGAUGACGAUGACGACGAACUCAUUAAUGAAGAUACCCUCCUUACCGAGGACGAUUUAACAAGACCCAUAAUGCCUCCCCCAGAAUGCCAACCCAAAACCGGCCGCCGCAGACGCGCCUGCAAGGACUGUACCUGCGGUCUAGCAGACCGCCUCGAAGCCGAAGAUAAAGAGCGCCGCGCAAACGCAGACAAAGAAUUGAAUGUGAUGAAACUGGACACAGGCGACCUGAACGAACUAGACUUCACAGUCGAGGGCAAGACAGGCUCGUGUGGCAGCUGUGCGCUUGGCGAUGCAUUCCGCUGCGACGGAUGUCCCUACAUGGGUCUUCCUGCCUUUAAGCCCGGCCAGGAGGUCCAGAUUUUGAAUGACAUUGCCCAAUUCUAG